AUGGGGAAAUGGGUAGCAGAGGUGUGGCAGCCGAAAAGCUGCGACAGGAUCUGGCUGGGGUCGUACCGGACGGCGGAGGAGGCCACCCGGGCCUACGACUCCACCGCCUUCUGCCUUCGCGGGCCGUCGGCGAUGCUCAAUUUCUCGGAUUGUCCGCCGGUGGCGGCGUCGAGGCACACGCAAAGGGUGGCGGAAGAGGAAGGGGAGUCGGGUGGUGGUGGUGCGAUGGGGGCGAGUUUUCCGACGGUGGCGGAGGUUUUUUAUGUUGGAGAGUUUAGUGGUGGUUAUUUUGGUGAUGGCGAGUUGAUGAAGACAAGAGAUGAAGAAGGGGAUUGGUCGAAUCUGGCAAAGAAAGCUUCGGACGGCGUUAUGAAAAACUUGCUGGAGGACUUUUGCUAUCGAGUUUUUGGAUAUGGAGUUUUCUUAUUUAGAUGUGGGUAUAAGAUGGUUUUGGAUAUUUGGGAAAAGUUUCCCAAUAAGGAAUUAGUGACCUAG